AUGUUUGGCAAGAAGUAUGCCGCUCUCAUAAGCGCCUUUGGUAUUUUGAGUACAUUUGCUUCUCCGGCAUACAGACUCAAGAGAUAUGAAACACCUCAGUUCCCACAUGAUUCAGCGGCUACCAAGUACUGCUCAUGGUGGUGGGACAAUGAUGGCUCUGUCGCUUGUAAGGACAUGCCAUCUGCAUGGGGCAUCAGUAGGGAAGAUUUCUUGAGAUGGAACCCUUCCAUUAUCGCGACCUGCGGAAACUUCCUAAAAGACCACUCAUACUGCGUUGAAGCAGUCGGAGAGCCUGAACCUCAGCCAACAAACACGACAACAACGUCUGCCCGUCCACCUGGCCCAGCUCAGCCAGGGCAGGUAGACACGUGCAACAGAUGGGACAUGGUUAAAGCUGGCGACACGUGCGAUACAUUCACCAAGAAGUACGCAGGUCUCACUCGUCAGAAUCUAGUAGAUUGGAACACAAAGAUCGGAGACAGGUGUCAGUACUUAUGGGUCGAUUAUUAUAUCUGUACCGGAGUCGAAGUAUGGAAGCACAAAGGCACAAUCACAAGUGGCAGCCCAACUGCAACCAAUGGCAUAAUAACCCCAAGUCCUACCCAGCCUGGCAUGGUGGAAAACUGCGAUGCAUUUUACAUGGUCAAAGAUGGAGAUGACUGCGCGUCCGUCGCUACCAAAAAUGGCAUCACCAAAGCACAGUUCCUAGAAUGGAAUACUGGCGUAGGUGUAGGCUGUUCAUCCCUCUGGCUGGACUAUUAUGUCUGCGUCUCCAUCAUCGGUCACGCUCCUUCAAACACUGUUUCAACGCCCACCACAGCAACCCCGACGAACGAGAUUGUGACACCCACACCUACCCGUCUAGGAAUAGUGGGCAACUGCGACUCUUUCCACAAAGUCGUCGACGGCGACACCUGUAGCGGUAUCGCGCGCUCUGCUGGCAUUUCCCUCGUACAGCUCGUUGAAUAUAACCCCGAGAUCAAGUCAGAUUGUUCCGGUCUUUGGGCUGACUAUUACAUCUGUGUCUCUAUCAUUGGAGUUGGCCCAACCGCCACCACAACCAAGCCCACAACCCAGCCCACAACCAAGUCUACAACCAAGCCCACAACCAAGCCUACAACCAAGCCUACAACCAAGCCCACAACCAAGCCUACAACCAAGCCUACGACCAAGCCCACAACCAAGCCCACAACCAAUCCCACAACCCCGACUAAUGGAGUCACUACUCCCACCCCGAUCCGCCCGGAGAUUAAGGCGGACUGCUCUAGCCUCUGGGCCGACUACUAUGUCUGUGUAUCUAAUAUCGGCGUCGAUCCCAAGCCCGUAACAACCACAACAACCGCCGGAAGUGGUAUCGCAACCCCUACCCCCACGCGCGCAGGGAUGGUCGGCAACUGCGAUGCUUUCUACAUGGUCAAGUCGGGUGACGAGUGUGGCAAGAUCGCCUCCGAUCAUGGCAUCACAACAGAUCAGCUGUACAAGUGGAACACGGAGAUUGGAUCAACUUGCAGUGGACUGUGGGCUGAUUAUUAUAUUUGUGUAAGCAUUGUGAGAAUUGUCGGUGUCGAUCCGAAGCCCUCAACGACUACCAAGGGCAAUGGGGUAGCUACGCCAACGCCCAUCCAAACUGGAAUGGUGGGCAAUUGCAAUAAAUUCCAGAAGGUUGGGAGUAAGGACACCUGUGAGACAAUUGCCAAGUCGGCGGGAAUUACCUUGAACAAGUUUUAUACCUGGAAUAUGGCUGUUGGAACGAACUGCAAGAAUCUUUGGCUGGACAACUAUGUUUGUAUUGGUGUGAUGUGA